CAUCCCGUAUUAUUGCUGUCAACGUAUGUCGUCUGCUAACAAAGCACUGUUUGCCCACCAUUCUGUCAAAUUCAAUUGGAAUCAAAGAUGGCCUCCCACUAGCAGUCUAUAUAUCUCUAGGUCGUUGGUUACGUGCAUACAGCGCUCCAUUAUGGCUGGUUCAUUCUAUGAUGUUUAAUUUUGACUGUUUUAUUGUAGUAGGUAAGUUACGUACUUUAUAUUUGUAUUAUAUUAGCAGAUUUGACUAUAAUAAUUAUAUUAUUUACCACUGAGUGUAAAGAGAUUUUUGUUUAUUUGGAAUAAUGUAGUGUGGAGAAGAAUGUAAAUACGUGCUAAUUUAAAUGUAAAAUAUGUGGGAAGAAAUACCGGCUCACGAUGUCAAACGCAGGGUGAUUAUGAGGUGUUUUACCAUUAACUUCCUCAGUUUAGAGGCGAAGGGACCUCAUAACACAGUCCUGAACCCGGGAAAGAAAUUUUCUACUGAAAUAGCGGACUUUUCUGAAGAAGGAAAAAAAAAUUGGAAAUAAUAUUAGAAACAUCUGGGUCUGCACAGCAUCUGCAGCAAGUGUGUAUUUGUAACCACAUUUGUAAGUACAAUACAUACAUAUGACAUUCUACUUCGUGCUCAACUGAUAAACAGUGAUAUUAUUCUUAUAGGCUUUAGCAAUGGAAGUAGAUAUUUAUGAAUGCUACAGUUCUCCUGAUGGUACAUUUGUGAAAGAUGUACUGGUUCGUGGUCAAGAGUCGAGUGACAAGCCGAGGGAAUGUUCCGAGUGCAAGGUCACCAUUUCCGAUGUAAACGCAGAGGAAGAAAGUGUAUUCGAGAACUCGGUGUACUUCAGAAAUGAUUUUAACGGCAUCUUGGUGAUCGGCGAAAGCGACACGGACAUAGACCUGGCUUUGGAGAGGUGCGUGACGACCAUGUUUCCCUCCGAGAGGUGCAACGCCAGGUUUUACCCAGAGCAGAUGUCCUCCGGCGUCACUUGCUCCAUUCGCCUGGAGUGCGUCAAGAAUGAAGAGCUCGUGUGCGACUGGGACUCUGACAAGAAGUUCCAGACGAUGGUGCGCCACAAGGAGCGAGGCGUGGAGUUGUACAAGCUGAGGCGAGUGUCCGAUGCGUUCCGGAGGUUCAGCAAGGCGUUCAAGCUCCUGCUGUCCAUCGACCCCAUCCCAGACGACGAGAGCCUGACCGUCGAGGAGCCGGAGCACGUGAGGAGCAUGCGUGUCGUGUUGUACAACAACGUAGCCUCCUGCAAGCUGCACUGCCAGAAGUACCAACACGUGGUCGAGCUGUGCGACAAGGCGCUGGCCAUAGAACCGAACAACAUCAAGUCUUUGUACCGCAGGGCGGUCGCCUUGAUGGAGCUGAAAAUUUACGAUGAGGCUCAAGAGUCCCUGUCCAGAAUACUGAGCCUGGACCCCCACAAUGUGACGGCUAAACAGAAGUUAAAAGACUUGAAGAACCAAACAAAAGAUAAUGAUGCUAAGUAUGUUACUGUUGUAAAAAAAAUGUUUUCAUGAUAAUAACCAGGUUUUUAGGGCUGAGUCAUUAGAACUCACUGUGAUUAAUUGUUCAAUAUAUUACAGAACACACAUUUUAUUUACAAGUUUUGUGAUGCAUACUUGUGCGACAUCAGAGUGCCAUAAAUGACUUGGAUUCUUUUGUCAGCAUUGAUGGCUUUUGCUAACUGUACAGGGUGGGGCAAAAGGUGUCUAUCGGUUUUGAAAGGCUAUUAAAAAAAAAGAGCAACUUGAACAAAUUAAGUUUAUUUAAUUGGAAUCAGUAUACAUCCCCAUAUUUUUUUAUCAAGUUCUAAAGAUUACAUCUGGAAGAUGGUGGCUAUCCGCAGCAAUACAUUGAUGGUGAUUUCGUAACAUUUCUAUGGCUUUUCGGCAUAUUUCAAGGAAUGUAACGGUGGUUUCCUCCUGAAUUUUCAUCUUCACUUCUUCCAAGGUGUGAGGACGAUGUUGGGAAACCUUUUCCUUGAGGUUACCCCACAGGAAGAAGUCACAAAUUGGGUGGACUGGUAAGUUGAAUUUAAACUAACAGAAAAGUGAGGAGGCAAAUAACAAUGCCCUUUUUAUUUCGAGAGAUAUGUAUUCUUUUAACCUUUUAGGCUAUCUGCCAAAAUAUGGAGUCAGUUUUUUUUUUUUUUGUCCUUUUUUUUCCUAUUGUUCACAUAUACAGACUUUCUGUUUUUGUAGUAAAAGAGAGCACUUAUCAAAAUUACACUGUUCAAAUAUUUUUUUCCAUAAGAAUAUGUUAAUUAAAAUAAUUUUUGUUUUCAAACAGUUCAAGUGAGUUGAAUCAAGAUAUUGCUCCUGUUAAAAUCAGUGUAUAUUAAUGAUACGUCUAAAUACAUUUUGAGAACAACCUUAAACGAAUUUGCAGGCCCCAUUUAUGACAUAAUAGGCCUUGGGCAUAGCAUUUCAUUACUAAGUAUAGGCACAAAGUUAUUAAAUAAUUAAUAUAGAAGUUCUUUGUCAAAGUUUUAAAGGUUAAAUAAUCUUAAACUGUUUGUUGUGACAUUGCAAGACCCCUGCCCUCUACAGCUUGGCAAAGCAUUUUUAAGACAAUAUUUUUCAUAAGGCAGGAUAUCAGCUAAUUAUAUUGCCUCAAGGUCAUAUUGACCUAGUUUUCCAUACUUAUGUCAUUAAUCUUCUUGUAAGUAAUUAUAUUUAAUUAUUUUUAGUUUGAAAAGUUUUUUAACUAUGUUUUAACUGAGUAUUACAAUGUUGGCUAGGUUACUAUUUAUGAAAGAGUAAUUUUCAAUAUUUUAUUUCAUUUAAAUGUCCUUUUUAUGAUUAUAGUUUUUACGUACCUUAUUUACCCGCAUAUGAGUCACAGGUUUUAUGCAGAUUUUUUGUUUGGCAAAAUGUACUGUGCACCAUAUGCAAAUUUUCCAUUUGGAGUAUUAAAAAAAAUUAACAUUGCA